AUGAAUGCUAACUCGAAGGAUGCAUUCUCAGUUUCGUUAUCAAAAUUUCAUCGAAAAAGUGUUCAUUCUCAAAUGGCUAAUACAAGUGGAUGUAAUUAAUUAAGUGAUGCUCCUACUACUCCACUUCCUGAAUUGAAGGUUAGAGGAUUGUAGAGUGCAAAAAUUAAAGCAUCUCCUAAAAGAUCUCCUCAUGUUUUAAAAUUUUAUGUACAUGAUACACAAUGUUUGUUAAAUGAUCCUAUGAAAAAAGCAAAUGUAUAAUUCAGUUUUAUUUAUGGAUAUAGAGAAGAUAUGAAAAUUAAUCUGACUAUGUAUUUGUGGACACUUACUUAGAUGCAUUACAUAUGAUAGCUUAAGAAGAGAAAAAGAAUAAGUAUGCUAACGGAUAAACAAUAUAAUCUGAAGAAUUUUCAGAACAACAAAUUUCAAUAAAUCCUUAACCUACUUUGCCUAACUUACCAGCAUAAUUGAUAAGAGAAAGAAUGAGAGUUUAUGCACAGAGUCAAUAAAAAGAACCUUAAUCUAGUAAUUCAUAAUAUUGAUUAAUUAGUAGAAUCUCAAUUAGCCUAAAGGUAGCCUAAGAAAGUAAUCAAAACUGCAACUAGUUUAAUGACUAAAAAAAUCUUCCCAAAUAAAUUAACUGUAUCAUUAUCAGUUCAUUAAGCAAUUCCUUCUAUCAAACAUAAAGUAAGUGCUAAAAGAUGGGUUUUGUUUACGAAAUAAAAGAAUGAGAAUUGUUUUACUAAACAAAUUGGUUGGCAAGAAUAUUAAAAAGGUGAAGUAGCUAGUAUUACAAAGAUUAUGACAUGUUAUACAACAUUGACAUAUUUAAAAGAAUAUAAUAUUGAGCCUGAUCAAAUUAAAAUUAAAAUUCCCGGUCAUGCUGAAUGUAUUGAUGGAACUAGUGCCUUUUUAAAUGCUGGUGGAGUAUUAACUAUUAAACAAUUGUUAUUUGCUCUUAUGUUACCAUCAGGAAAUGAUGCUGCACUUGUUUUAAGUUUCACAAUAGCUUAUUUAAUGAUAUUACAAAAGACAGAAAUCUAUUAAUAUAAUCGAUUUCUGAAAGGAGCGAUAAUCGAUAUCGAACCACAAAUUGAAAGAAAUAAAAAAUAACUUAAGCACACAUUCCUUGAUUAAAUGAAUAAACAUGCAAGUGUUAUUAAAAUGGAAAAUACUAAUUAUUCCUCUGUUCAUGGUUUGAAUGAUGAAAAGAAUGUAUCAUGUCCUCAUGAUAUAAGGUAAAUUUAUUUAAAAUAUUAAUUAGUAAAUUGAUAGAGAAAUGUAUUUAAUUAGAUGUGUUUCUAGAGAUCAUUACAACCAAAAUUUAUAAGACUCAUGCUUUAACUGAUAAGGGAAAUAAAUCAACUUAUUAUAAAUGGAAAAAUACAAAUAAGUUACUUAAAAAGUCUGGUUGGAUGGGAGUAAAGACAGGUGUUACUCCAAAUGCUGGACCAUGCUUUACAGGAUAUUAUAAAAAUGAUAAUCUAGAAGCUAUAAUUGUUGUCUUAAAUUGUUCUUCGAUGAACUAAAGAUUUAGAGAUUCAGAAGUAAUACUUCUAUCAGCAUUAAAAUGA